UCUCCUUGACGGCACAGAGGAUUUCAACCGCAGCACUCUUCUACUUUCACAAUUGAAAAAAACCAGAAGAAGAAUGAGUUACCACCGCGAAUCAAUCGCUAAUUUAACCAAGAAUGCUAUGAACAUCACCAAACAUUUGGUAUCAAAAACAGAAUUCAAGAAGAAGAAUGUCGUGCUUUCACCGUUGUCACUCCAAACUGUGCUCAGCAUAGUAGCUGCCGGUUCCGAGGGUCCGACGCAAUGUCAGCUUCUCUCCUUCCUUGGUUCAAAAUCCAUUGAUCAUCUCAACUCCUUAUCCACUCACCUCUUUACCUCUGUGCUUGAUGACGCUGCUCCCUUUGGUGGACCACAGUUGUCUUUUGUCAACUCUGUGUGGUUUGAAAAAUCCCUUUCUCUUUACCCUUCCUUCAAAGAAAUUGUUGAUACUAAUUAUUUUGCCACUCUCAGAUCACUUGAUUUCAUAAACAAGGCUGAUGAAGCCGUCAAAAAAGUGAAUGCAUGGGCUAAAAAAGAGACAAACGGACGUAUUGGUGAUGUUCUUUCACCUGGGUCAAUUGAUAGCUUAACUGGACUCAUUUUUGCUAAUGCACUCUACUUUAAUGGAGCAUGGCAUCAACCAUUUGAUGCUUCAAAAACAAAAGACCAUGAUUUUCACCUUCUCGGUGGCAGCUCAAUUAAGGUUCCCUUCAUGACUAGCAAGAAGAAGCAGUUUAUAAAUGCUUUUGAUGGUUUUAAGAUCCUUCGUCUUCCUUAUAAGCAAGGCAACGAUAUUCGUCAAUUCUCUAUGUACUUUUUUCUUCCCGAUGCACAAGAUGGAUUGUUAGCUUUGAUUGAGAAAGUGGCUUCCAAACCUGAGAUUUUGAAACACAAACUUCCACGUAAGGAAGUGAUAGUGGGUGACUUCAGAAUUCCACGUUUCAAAAUUUAUUCUGGACUUGAACUUUCUAAUGUGUCAAAGGAGUUAGGAGUUGUUUUACCUUUCUCUGGUGGAGGUUUGACAAAAAUGGCGGACUCUCCGAUUUGGGUUUCUAACAUAUUUCAAAAUUCUUUCAUUGAAGUAAAUGAAAAAGGCACUGAAGCUGCUGCAGUCACUAGAACUGGACUAUUGGGAUGUGCUCGUCCUACUUCAAUUCCGACCCCAAUAGACUUUGUAGCUGACCACCCUUUCAUGUUUUUGAUAAGAGACGAUUUGUCUGGUACAAUACUCUUUGUUGGCCAAGUGCUCAAUCCUCUUGUUGGUAGAUCAUAAUUACCAUACAAGAAUUGCAAUGGAUUACGCAUCAAUAAGAUAUGAUCUACUUGUGGAUCAAUUGGAUUAAGAUUGUCUCGUAGACUGUUAUGCUUUUGAC